ACAGAUAUGAGAGGAGGACCGAGCUAGUCCUCAAAUCCUUUAAAGAAGAGGAUCCCUGGGGCGGUAAGGAUGUUCAGUGGAUGAUGGAAUUAGCGCUGGCCAACUCGCAUAGCCUGGUAGAGGAUAUGAGGACGAUUGAGGAAGGACCUGGCCAGGUAGAACGGCAUGAGGACCUGAUGGGAGGAAUGUAUCUCCUCGUCAAUACGUUAUUGCAGGAAAGCCUAGACCAGUCAGGGUCGUUGAACCCGGCAGGGAAUGUGAACGAAGUGCCCGAGAGUCAGGACGACGAGUUCGAGGAAGGGGAGAUUAAAGAAAUGUUUCGUGCAGAGGAGUACGACGGGAUCUACCUAGAGCUGGGGCUUCUUUUGUUAUGUGAAAUGCGGCUUAGGGAUGCAAGCGAUAGAGCUCAGAGGAUGCUGCGGCGYUAUUUAGUGCGAGACGGCCACCUUUUUGUGCGAAGAGAAGUGGGAAAUCCUAGGAGAGUCGUCUGCGGUAGAAAUCGUCAAAUCGACGUCAUAGCUGCGCUUCAUGAUGGCAUUGCAGGAGGGCACCGAGGGAUACAAGCUACGUAUGCCAAAAUAAGUGAGCUCUACUACUGGGAUAGAAUGAUGGAUAUGGUCGGGAAGUUCUGCCGAUCUUGUGUACCUUGCCAGGAAAGAUACCGUUUAAGACAAGGAGAGUCGCUGCAUCCAAGGCUAGAGCGAGAGGUAGGGGCCGUAGUGCAUCUCGAUCUGCUUUUUAUGCCGUUUGGGGAUCAGGGCUAUAACUACAUCUUCGAUGCACGCGAUAACCUGUCUGGGUUCGUAGACGGACGUGCUAUUCGCACGAAGACCGGGUCAGUCUUAGUGAACUGCAUCGGGGAGUAUUACCUGCGCUAUCCUUUCGUCAGGGAAUUCGUAAUGGACAGGGGAUCGGAGUUUACUUGCCAGGAGGUGCAAAAACUUUUAUCAAGGUCUGACUUUACGAAGACAGCCAUGCCAAGAGGAGGGAAGGGGACACGGCCGCCUCAGAGGCCGUUGGGCGCAUCAGGAGGAUAUGAGCGGCAUGGGCCUCGCCAUCGAGAGAGCACUCUAGUCUACAAUGAUGGGGACAUCGAGCUAUUCCUGGACAGUUUCUGRGAGCAUGCGAGGCGUAUGGGCUGGACCGUCGCUCAGGCGAUUGAGAGAUUGAGGGGAGCAGGAGCACUCCCGGGUCAGCCACCCAGCGCACCAGUUAGGGCUCCGGAGAUUCCUGAGAUGUGGAGAGACUUCUGGGAGCAAAGAGGAGAGGAACUUUCAUCGCCAGUCAGAACCGGGUUUGGAGUGGCCAGAAAGGCGGAAGAGAGGUUAGAUCGUAAAAUCAAGUUCCUGGCCAAGACCACUUUUGACCGGCACUUGUUAUUGGAGGGCGAUCUGGCGGGGAAGAAAAUGAAGGAAGCCAGCCAUGGAGUACGCUUGGAGGCUAUGGAAAUGGAAAUUCAGGAACUCAGGGCCUUGGUGGCCAGCCAGGCAGCUAUCAUCGAGAGCCUGAGGCAGCAAACCCAGGGAAGGGUGGACAUGCCAGAGAGCAGCGGGCAGGGAGAGCAGAGGCAGCCGGGACAAGGAUUGCUAGGACAGCCAUUUGCAGCAGAGCCCCGCCAGGAGCCACCUAUGGGGAGAGCUAUCCUGGAGCCAGAGGAGGCGAGAGCCCAGAGACAGGCAGAGAAAAAGGCGUUCGAGUUUAGAGCCCCUACUGAGCUCGCGACGCUGCCAGUGGCGGCGGCAGGCCCAGUCGUUCCCUUGACAGUAGAGGAGGGGCUGCCACCAUCUAGCAGUGAGCCGGCUCAGGGCUCAGCAGAGGAAUCCAUGGGCGUGCUCCUUGAGGCGGUGCAUACUCUGCAGGAGGAGGUGAGUUUGUUUUCACCUGAGCAGAGGAUAGAGGAGCCUCUUGAGAGAGAGAUGGGGAUUGAGGAGGAGGGUGCCAUCGAGGGCAGACUCCAGAGGAUAGGCACGCCUAAGUAUGGACCAGACGAGAUUGAGAAGCGGCCCAUGACAGCGCCAGGAGAGACACUCGAGAGGAGACCUCAUAGGUUGGACACGCCUGAGUACGUCCCAGCGACAGAGGAUUUGAGAGGGAGGAGACCAGUGGGUAUUGAGGCGGAGAGCGACGGGCAACAGGCAGAGGAGUAACGGGAGGCAGAGCAAGGGAAGGUGAUAGAGAGGAGUUGGGGAACGACAGAAGGAAUGAAUCCGGGUAGGCCAA